CUGUGACGGGUUCAGUGUAGCGCCACUAACAAAACGGUUACCGGGGCCGGUCGUUGCCGUCCACUUUAAGAAAUGGAUUUCAGCCCGAGGGGAGUGAACCGGAGCCCGAACGGCCCCCGCGGCGCGUGGUUGUAGGACGAGAUCAAAAGGAGCAUGGUGUGCGCCGCGGACGCCUCCGUUUACUUCAGUUGUGAGCAGCGCGUGCUGUUGAUCUGUCGGUUGUGUCUGCUCGUGCGGCCGUCUGUUCUGCUCUGUGUGACUGUGUAGAAGCGCUCCUGUCUGUAUGUGUAGUUUGCGCGUGGACAGGCAGAAUCCAAGACGAAGCAGGCCAGCGCGAGCCACCAAGAAAGGCAGUCAGGAUAGAGGCAGCCCGCGAGCGCUCAGCUAGCAACGGUUACUGUACACCGCGAGAAAUGGUCACGUAUUCACCGGGAGUCCUUCUGCUGCUAACAUGUCUCCAGCACUGCAUGAACGUCCAUGGUACUAAGACAGAAUGUGAGGCCAGCCAGUUUCAGUGUGGGAACGGUCGCUGCAUCCCGUCCGUCUGGCAGUGCGAUGGAGACGAGGACUGCACCGACGGCAGUGACGAGAAUUCCUGUGUCAGAAAGACUUGUGUGGAGGUGGAUUUUGUGUGUCGCAACGGCCAAUGUGUCCCGAAGCGAUGGCACUGUGACGGGGAGCCGGACUGCGAGGACGGGUCCGACGAGAGCGUAGAAAUCUGCCACAUGCGGACGUGUCGUGUGAACGAGUUCAGCUGCGGCGCCGGCUCCACUCAGUGUAUCCCCACCUUUUGGAAAUGUGACGGAGAAAAGGACUGUGACAAUGGAGAGGACGAAGUCAACUGUGGUAACAUCACCUGCGCUCCAAAUGAGUUCACGUGCGCCAGCGGCCGCUGCAUCUCCAAGAACUUUGUGUGCAACGGUGAGGACGACUGUGGCGAUGGCUCAGACGAGGUGGAGUGCGCGCCGUCCUCCUGCGGCCCCAGCGAGUUCCAGUGCGGAAACUCGUCCUGCAUCCCGGCCAGCUGGGUGUGCGACGACGACGUGGAUUGCCAGGAUCAGUCCGAUGAGUCUCCCUCUCGUUGCGGUCGCCACCCGACACCGCCCGCCAAGUGUUCGUCCAGCGAGAUGCAGUGCCGCUCGGGGGAGUGCAUUCACAAGAAGUGGAGGUGUGAUGGAGACCCCGACUGCAAAGACGGCAGCGACGAAGCCAACUGUCCUGUACGCACGUGUGGACCGGAUCAGUUUAAAUGUGACGAUGGAAAGUGUAUCCUGGGCAGCCGACAGUGCAACGGCCUCCGAGACUGCUCCGACGGAUCGGACGAGGUCAACUGCAAAAACAUGACUCAGUGUAACGGACCAGAGAAGUUCAAGUGUCGCAGCGGGGAGUGCAUCGAGAUGAGCAAAGUGUGCAACAAGGCCCGGGACUGUCCCGACUGGAGCGACGAACCCAUCAAGGAAUGCAACCUGAACGAGUGUCUGCUGAACAACGGCGGCUGCUCUCACAUCUGCAAAGACAUGGUGAUCGGCUUCGAGUGUGACUGCACACCUGGACUUCAGCUCAUAGACCACAAGACCUGCGGGGACAUCAAUGAGUGCAUGAACCCCGGCAUCUGCAGUCAGAUCUGCAUCAACCUGAAGGGCGGCUACAAGUGCGAGUGCCACAACGGCUACCAGAUGGAUCCCACCACCGGAGUCUGCAAGGCUGUCGGUAAGGAGCCCUGCCUGAUCUUCACGAACCGCAGGGACAUCCGCCGCCUGGGUCUGGAGAGGAAGGAGUACACUCAGAUCGUGGAGCAGCAGAGGAACACCGUGGCUCUGGACGCCGACUUUGGCCAGCAGCUGAUCUUCUGGGCCGACCUGGGCCAGAGAGCCAUUUAUAGCACUGUGCUGGACAAACGGGGCGAAGUCGGCACCCAUAAGAAAGUGAUCGACAGCGUCCAGACUCCUGUGGGCGUCGCUGUGGACUGGAUCUAUAAGAACCUGUACUGGUCGGACCUCGGCACCAAAACCAUUUCUGUUUCCAACUUCAACGGAACCAGACAGAAAGUUCUGUUCAACAGAGGCCUCAAAGAACCGGCAUCCAUCGCCGUGGACCCGCUGUCCGGGUUUCUGUACUGGUCUGACUGGGGCGAACCGGCCAAGAUUGAGAAGUCUGGGAUGAAUGGAGUGGACAGGCAGGUUCUGGUGGGGACGGACAUCCAGUGGCCGAAUGGCAUCACUCUGGAUCUGAUCAAAGGCAGGCUGUACUGGGUCGACUCGAAGCUGCACAUGCUCUGCAGCGUGGACCUGAACGGAGACAACAGGAAGAAAGUGCUCCAGUCUUCAGAGUACCUGGCUCAUCCCUUCGCUCUCACUGUUUUUGAGGAUCGAGUCUUCUGGACGGAUGGUGAAAAUGAAGCGAUCUACGGCGCAAACAAGUUCACAGGCGCAGAUGUGGUGACGCUGGCCAGCAACCUGAACGACCCGCAGGACAUCAUCGUGUACCACGAGCUGAUCCAGCUGUCGGGCACUAACUGGUGUGCGGAGAAAGGUGAGAACGGAGGCUGCAGCUACAUGUGUCUACCCGCACCGCAGAUCAACAAACACUCGCCCAAAUACACGUGUGUGUGCCCCGACGGACAGGAGUUGGCUGCUGAUGGUCUACGCUGCAGGCCCGACUGCUCUACCAAAGGUCACUCAAAGGAUGAUGGGAGAGCUCGAAUACAACCACCCUCAGAGUCCAACGUGAGCACAUCAAUCCAGGUGAACUCAACAGCCAGAGGGUCAGCUGCUGCCUGGGCCAUACUGCCAGUCUUGCUGCUGGCGAUGGCGGCGGCCGGCGGAUACCUGAUGUGGAGAAACUGGCAGCUGAGGAACCAGAAGAGCAUGAACUUUGACAACCCCGUGUAUCUGAAGACCACCGAAGAAGACCUCAACAUCGACAUCACCCGGCACGGCGCCAACGUGGGGCACACCUACCCUGCGAUUUCCAUAGUGAGCACAGAUGACGAUUUAUCCUGAUCGUCCCCGUUUUUCCUUUCUUUGCGGGCGACCCGUAGUGUUGCGCGUCGCAAACCUCGUUCCCACAACGGUUCUGUCGCAGCAGCCCUUACUGUACGACCACAUGCCUUCUGAAGUGCAUUAUCUUUGGAGAGGAUGACUUGAGGAAAUGUUAUUUAUUAUGUGAAUACUACAAUGAAUUGCGUGUCCAUAACUGUUUCCACACUGCUUCCUGAUUAUUAUUUUUUUGCCCCAUCCAACGCCAAAUUUCCACAAUUCUUACUGGACUUCCUGUGUUCAAUCGGACAGGAUUCCUCUUUGGAAACGGAUCUACUGCUGGACAGGAUUUCAAACUGGAUCUGAGCCGUCAGUAUUAAAGACACUUUGGAUCGUGAGCAGGGUCAAAAAGGAAGUGAAGCGUUCAUGGGAUAAAUUGGUCUGAAGUUCAUUUCUUCCUCCUCUGAUCCGUCAGAUUCAGAUGUGUUUAAUAUUUAUUGUCAAUCAUGUUUUGGGCCGUAAUAUCCAAGAUGUCAUUUUUCUUUCCAACUCUUCCUCCUGGAGUCGUUCAGACUAGCUGUUCUUUCUGCCAACGUUUAUUAUAAUUAUGAUAAUUAUUAGUAUUAUAUAAGCUGCGUAAGAUCCACCACGGUUACAGCAUUUGUAAACAUUGUAUAUAUUUAUCCCUCAAAGACAUUACCGUCAAUCAGGACUCUCUUCGAUGCACUUUGAUCAAAUGUUGCUCCUGUAAAUAAGAUUGUAUACGUUUGACUUGAAAUUAAUUUUUUGCUAUGGUUGGGCAUUGUACAAGGGUCAGAGUUCAGAUGAAUUUAACAAGAAAGAAAAAAAGCUACUGAAUUUGGUAAAACUAUUUUGUAUGUUUGUGUGCUGUUGCUGUGAACUUUUUCUAGCCUUGUACAGUGAGGGGGGGGGACAUUAUUAGAAGGUAAAAGCUCUGUAACUGUGAAGAAACUGAGAAUCACUUGAGAAUUAAAACCUAAUCCACAACGUUG